GAACGGAAUAUAUUGAUCUAAUCAGCCAGGCGCACGCUCCAGCUGUUCAUCUCAUCUUCAAGUUGUCAAGGAAAAGAAAGCUCAACUUGACCUGGAACCUUGAUUGCACUUACUCAAUUGGUAGCCUACGAUACUCUUUCAUAGGCCAGCCUUUAGAAGAUCACUAGUAUCGGGCGAGCCUCGCUUCAUUACUGGUCUCAAAUGCAUGGAACCUAAAUCGAAUAAGAAAUCCCGAUCCUACAGCAACAACCCUGGCAAACAGACCAGCGCAGGCCAAGCCGUCACUGCAUCCCCCGCGUUGAUCUCGCCCGUUCCGAUAGUGUAAGCGACCUGCAUGCCGUCACAGUCCUAUGCCGCCUGCCAAAUCAUGGCCAUUGCUCGCUAUUCUAUUUCCUUGCUUCUCCUCACCUUCCUUUCAGAUAGCACGCUGCAAGUCUCCCCUUGGCGACAACAAGAAUGACCAGCUAUAAUCCCCACGACGGCGCCGUUGCCAACCCAUGCGGGGAAGCUUAUUCUCACCUCACUCUCUCUCAUCGACAUCCUCCCCGCUGAGGUAGCCGCCAUUUCCCUCCCGCCAGCCAUCAUGUCGUCCGUCAUCAAGUCCGUAGGCUCGGCCCUCGGCGACGAGCUCGAGUGUUUAUUCUCUGCCUUUUCGCCUUGGUUCUAUGCAUACAAAUUGCCCUCUGCCCUGACCGCCGCCGUUGAGCUACUUGCCGUAGGCGCCGUCAAUGUCACCGUCCCCGGUCCCAAGGAGGCGAGUUCCGUCUUUGAUGCCUUUGUGAGCUACUCACUCGAGUUUGCCUUUUUCCCGGACUUUGCUGGAAACGCCUCGGCACCAAACAAGUUCUCAGACAACCUACUCGCAAACUUGGGUAAUCUACAAGGCGUCCGCCCCUACAUCCGCGUAGGCGGGAACACCCAAGACUACGCCCUCUAUGAUGAAUCUCUCCCCUACGCCGUGAACGGCACCUACGACUUCGCCAGGUCAAAGGACUACCCAACCACCAUCCACAUCGGCCCCUCCUUCUUUGAAUCGUACAGUACUUUCAAGGACACCAAAUUCACCCACGGCUUCAACCUAGGCCUGGGCGGCAACCGCUCAGAAGGGUGGGACACCCUCAAAGCCACUGUUCCUUUAGCCUGCAAAGCCAUCGGCAAAGACAACCUCGACGUCUGGGAAUACGGCAACGAGCCGGACCUCUUCUCCACCUCGGCCCAGGGCCCCGUCCGCCCUUCGUCCUGGAACGAGACUGUCUACGUGGAGCAGUGGCUGAACGGCACCCGCGAGAUCGCCGCCGUCCUCGCGGAAGCGUGUCCCGAUUUCCCCAAGCCCGUCUUCAUGGCGCCCUCCAACGCCGGCACCGCCAACCGCCUCCGCGCACCAGCGCAGUGGGCCGCCGGCUUGAAUACCGAUGACAACGUCGCCCUCUUCUCGACGCACAAUUACAUCAGCGGCGCCGAGAGCCCCGGCGUCACGCUCAGGGGCACGCUGAUGAAUCACACUCGCACCGUGCAGUCCGUCCAGGCGCAUGUGAAAGAGUACGCCAACAUCACUGGUCGCUUCGACGACGUGCCACCUCAUAUCUAUGGAGAGCACAACUCGCUGUAUAACCAGGGCAAGCCAGGGCUUUCCAACUCGUUUGGCGCCGCACUCUGGGGCGUCGACUUUAACCUCUAUGCUGCCUCUCAAGGAAUCAAGCGCGUUCACAUGCACAUGGGCACCGACUAUCGUUACCAAAGCUGGCAACCUGUCCACACAAACAUAACCGCCCUCGGCACAAAAGCCCCAUACUACGGCAACAUCGCCAUAGCAGCCUUCCUCGCCCCGUCAAAGGCCUCCCCCACAACUCUAGUCUCUGUAGCCCACAUUCCCCUCCCAUCCUCCGACCAGGAAACGACAUCCGCCUACGCGGCCUACCACGGUGACACCCUCUCCCGUAUCCUUGUCAUCAACCUCAACCCGCACAACUCCACCGUCAACGGCACAGGCACGACGCCCGACCCGGACAGUGCUCCCGUUCGCGGGGUCAAGGUGUACAGUUUCGCGGUGCCGUGGGCCAAUGAUAUAUUCGCCAAUGUGCGGCGGCUAGCGGCGAACGGGAGCGAUGCCAUCUCAGGGGUUACGUGGGAUGGGUGGAGUUAUAAUUACGAGCUGGACGGGGGAAAGCCUGUGAGGUUGGGGAACGUUACUGUUGGGGAGACUGCGAUUGUGAAUGGGGGGAGGGUUACUGUUGGAGGUUGUGAAGUCGCUUUCAAGUGA